AUGAAAACUUCGAAAGAGUUACGGAACACUCUUGAAAAGAAGUACAAGACAUUAGAUGUUGGACUUAAGAAAUUCGUUGCCGCAAAGUUCUUGAAAUUUAAAAUGGUUGACAGUAAGUCUGUCAUAACUCAAGUUCAAGAACUGCAAGUCAUCGAUCAUGAUCUCCUUGUUGAAGGUAUGGUCAUAUAUGUAGCGUUUCAAUUUGCGGCAUUUAUUGAAAAUUUACCUCAUAUGUGGAAGGACUUUAAAAACUACUUGAAACAUAUGCCCAAGGAGAUGACAUUGGGAGACCUUAUUGUUUGCCUAAGGAUUGAAGAGGAAAACAAGGCUGUAGAAAUGAAGUCUCAUGAAAAUUCAACAAUAAUGGAUGAAAAUAUUGUUGAGGAAGGUUCGGCGAGCAAAAAGAGAAAGAAGUCGUCUGGACCAAAGAAUUACCAAGCAAAAAGAAGUUCAAAGGUAAUUUCCAUAACUAUGGAAAGAAAAUGGUGGAUUGAUUCUGGGGCCACUCGUCAUGUUUUUGCUAACAAUGAGUUGUUUACUUCUUAUGCUACUGCUGGUCCCAACAAGAUAGUAUUUAUGGAAAAUUCUGCUACUAUAAAAAUUGAAGGAACGGACAAGAUAGCUUUGAAGAUGACUUCUAGCAAGAUUGUUACUCUAAAAGAUGUCCUUCAUGUUCCUAAAAUGCGGAAGAAUUUAGUCUCGACUUCACUUCAAGCCAAGAAUGGCUUUAAGAGUGUUUUUGUUUCCGACAAGGUUGUAGGUAGUAAAAAUGAAAUGUACGGUGGUCAUAGAAGCGUUAAUGUGGUCGUAUCUGCAAUGAAGGCUGAGCUAGGCUAUCUCCGCAAAAGCGGGAUUUUUUGCGCACCUGUGUCAUCACAGAUGCGGAGUAUGUAUCACAGAAGCAAAGGUCGUCACAGAAUCGAGAGUUGUGUCGCACCUACGCAUGCACAGAAGCGGAAGCGCGUUUGUGGUCGCAAAAGCGACGCCGCAAAAGUGCCUAUUUUCUUCGCAGAAGCAAACAUUCCUGGACAGAUUCUAUUUUUAUUUGGGGCCUUGGUUCUUUUUUUGAGAUUUGGAGCUCGAUCUUGGGCAACUUUGGAGAGGGAUUUCACCACACAGAUUGGG